AUACACGUGCGCCUUCUCAGAGACUCGGUUCUAUUUUACUAAGGAAAAAUAUAAUCAAUGACUAUUGGAGAGUUCCACCAAUAAAAAUCCCUUCUUUAGGAUUUGUCAUUUAUUGGUUGAGCGAUAUUUGUCUCUUGUUGGCUAGCAACCUUCCGGAGAUGUCUUGUAGUUUGCUUGAGAAGCGAAUGAAGAGAAGAACUAAGCAGGUGCACACGUGACCCCGAGAGGAGCCAUUCAUUGUAGCGUUUCUUUAAGACAUUGACAGAAAGGCAACGACGUGGCGAACACCAAACACAAUACCACCUGUACCCGCGGAAUACGUAAUCUCCUAACUUACUAUAUUCUCGCCUUUAGUGCAGCCUUUAACUGGAUAUGGCCGAUUUUGGCCAAAAUACGCGAUCAUUGUCACCAGUUGACUUCAAGCAUAACGAGUCGUCGCGUGCUACGUCCCUGUUUUUCCCAACUUCUCUCAUAGACGAACAGAACGGUAACAAAAGCGAUAAUAAAAACGGGGUUUGUGAAGACUGCAUUGACGAUUCGUCAAAAUCUAAGGCAAAUUCUACACAGUCACAGACAACGACGUUAGGACAAAAAAAGCUAAGCUUUGCUGGUGAAAAUUCCAUGUUCCACGACUUCCCAACUUCGACCACAUUUUGGUCGCCAGCAAGCAUCGAUGAGACGUUUGUUCAGCCAGGAGGAAUUCCCCCUGUAAAUGGAGUUCAUUUCUCUUCAAACACGCAAAUGCUAGGUUCUCCUAGACGGCCUGUUGCAGCGCCUACAGUCACUACUACCAUUAACCAACAACAUCGAAGACCGCUACAGAAUUCUUCACAAUAUAUAGCACAACCAAAACCCAUGCCAAACAUCAAUUCCCUGGCAUCAGGAUGGAAUGGAAGUCAACCAAACUCCAUGUCUGGAUGGCCGCAACAACAGCCUUCGACAACUUGGGGAAGAAACUAUUCAUCGCCAAAUAACGCUUUAUUGAACCAUGGACGGAAUUCUCGGCCGUCCUCUCUUACUUUCCCACAAUCGUCACGACUAAGAAGCAACGGUGGCUCGAGAUCUUCGUACACAAGCAACUCGGUUUCUCGACAUGGAAUCUCGACGCAAACGAUAACCCAGGGCUUACAGAGUCUAAACCUGAACGGACAGCAUCCUAUCGAUGGAACUAUCUUGGACAACAUCACAGGACUUGGGAAUUCUCACGGUUCGAAUAACGAGUUAUCAAAUUCCUUCUAUUCGUACCAGGAUUCUAUGAAGUUUCCAUCCCUUGAAACUCGAUUGUUGGAUAUAAUUCGUUCUCCAUCAGAUCCACCAGAUAACUUAGCUGCAUUCCGCUGUCAACUUCGGAAGAAAGGCUCGCACCAAGGAGAUCAAAUUGUCCCAUCUCUUGGCUCCUCCCUGAACUGCUCUCCUAACUCUGAUCCAGAAUACAUACCACGUUUUUCCAGAAAAGUCUUCGUUGGAGGGCUCCCUCCUGACAUUGAUGAAGACGAGAUCCACGCAAGCUUUUGUAGGUUUGGAAGUUUGACAGUCGACUGGCCACACAAAGCCGAAAGCAAAUCCUACUUUCCUCCCAAAGGAUAUGCCUUUCUGCUGUACUUGGAGGAAAUUUCGGUACAGAAGCUGAUAGGCGCGUGUUUCCGUCAGGACGAUAAACUGUACUUAUGUGUAUCUAGCCCAACCAUUAAGGAUAAGCCGGUCCAGAUCCGUCCAUGGAAUCUCUCUGAUGCAGACUUUGUAAUGGAUGGUUCCCAGGCCCUUGAUCCAAGGAAGACAAUCUUUGUUGGAGGCGURCCUCGUCCUUUGCGUGCCAUCGAACUGGCUAUGAUUAUGGACAGACUUUACGGAGGGGUUUGCUACGCCGGUAUAGAUGUGGAYCCUGAGCUCAAGUAUCCUAAGGGUGCCGGUCGUGUUGCGUUUUCCAACCAGCAGAGUUACAUCGCAGCCAUAAGCGCACGUUUUGUGCAGCURCAACACGGGGAUAUUGACAAGCGGGUUGAAGUUAAGCCGUACGUCCUUGACGACCAGUUGUGCGAYGAAUGCCACGGUGCAAGAUGUGCUGGUAAAUUUGCGCCGUUCUUCUGCGCAAACGUCACAUGCCUACAGUACUACUGUGAACAGUGUUGGGCGAUCAUCCACUCAAGAGCUGGGCGUGAAUUCCACAAGCCCUUGGUCAAAGAGGGCGCGGACAGACCAAGGACUGUUUCAUUCAGAUGGUAAUGGUAUACCUAACMAAAGAACGUACUUGAGGCCUGGAGRUAAUUUAAGUGAUUGAAGAUAGAAAACCACGCUAGAAUAUGUCUUAAUUCUACCCUACUCUGUGYACCGGAAGAAACAUCUCAUCGCUCAAGCAGGCCGCAUCUYCAGAACCUAAUGAACCCCGUACAACGUCUGCAAGAGCAAGACUGUCUUUUCAGCGUGCGCAAGUAAAUAGAUUUCUUAGAUUUAACUUUGCAUAGAUUUUAGUACUUUGUAAAUAACCCUGGUAGGAAAACCAUGGGGAUGGAUUUGUAGAAUUUAGCUCAAUCAUGCUCCCUUGCUUCMAUAGCUUAACUACCCCUCUCUUAAUCCUUGUAGAUAAUAGAGGCGAAAAAACCCCAAUGAAUCGUUGCCAUAGUAACGCAUAAGAAAUGUUUUUAGACAACUUGUAGUUUCCUAAUGUUUGUAGCACAUCGUUUAUAGGCAUGUAGGACAUACGUAUAURUUAUAUAUAUACUUUUAGAUGAAAACUAGAGUAGUUUUUAUUAGAAUUGUUUUAUUGAAGGGCAACAUCUUGACUUGAAUGGAAUUGGGUAUCAUUCUCUCACAUAGUGGUUCACUGUGGAUGGAUGAUAACUAGGACCACUUGGCAUUGCAUGUUUGCUCACUUUUGACCAUGUGUCAUUCCCUUGAUUAUUAUGUAUUUUUUCCACCCUUAAUUCUCAAAAACAUAGAUGAGACACAAACGAAUCUUAUUCCUAGUGGAAUGACGAAUGACAUGUGGUCAGAAGUGGAAAAACAUAACAUCCAAACUGAAUGGAUCUAUGUACCAAGAUGUUGGUCAUUUGAGAAAACAUAAGACGUGGUUUAGAUACAAAAUGAAUUGGCAUAACCCUCAUAGGCCUCAAUGGAAAGAAAGAGUGGUUGAAAUAYGGAGACAGAUAAAGCAGGUUAGCCUAGAAUUCACUGGGCUGCCUUACUCCUCAAAUACWUGCAGGGUACUUUGAGGUACAACAAUCCCCCCUCUUACUAAAGAGGUUUUCAGAUUCCCAAUCUUUCUGAAAUAAUCAUAUAAUUUCUUAUUUGAUAAAAGAGAAUUUACAGGUUCAAUUUUUAGUCCAGUCGAAAUGAAAUCAUUUUCUAGAAGAAGCAGCAGUUUAACCUUUUUUAGCAGGGAAUGCAGUGUYGUACAUAUAGUGAAUUAACACAAGUAGAGCCUGCAACUACGUAACCUACAGCCUUUUGGCUUCAAGAGUGAGUCGUGGGUACGAAGUUGCACCAACCUGAUCCUUUGAGAGGUGACAGUCAUUUAUAGAACUCACAAGUGAAACUAAGUGUACUAGGUAGUGGAGAGAAUCUUUUUUGAUUAUCGCGAUUGGUUUUCUUGUCAUCAACAGAGGAAAGAACAGACUUGUAAUAAGAAUUCAUAAGUUUCAUUGAUAUUUUAUUGAAGUCUUAAGAUUUCCAUUUCUGAAUUACAUGAAAGUAUUUUUUUCUGAAGGCAUAAAUAUUCAAUUUUUGCAAGGUUUAUUUUUUGCAUGGCAGCCUAACUGGUCAGUUUUGUGCAAUCAUGACUUCAAAGGCAACUGUAUUGAUACAAUAAGGUUUCACAGUUUGUAAGCUAGUAGCAAAGCUAACGUGAAAGUUAAGUGUUUUGGAACAUUUAAGACUGCAAAUUUUGGCUGUCUGCUCUGCUGUACUUUUCAAACAAUGACUUGUUUGAUGCUUUGUAAGUGGAGAUCUUGCACUGGUAAAAGUUGCUAUGGUUACCUCUAUGGUUACUAUGGUUACCAAGGGAAACAAGAUGUUGUCAUGGUAACCUCUUCAGGUUACCAAGGAAACUGUCCUAGUUACAUCAUGUUACCAUAACGAUGUGAAACCUGACAUGGCUACAUCAUGUGGUGCACCUUUCAAGGUUCUCCUGACACACCCAAGGCUGCUAUGGUAACCAUUUCAGGUAACCAGCCUCUUUACCAGUACUGUCGCAACUUGAUACUGGCUAAAAUAAGUCAAGGCAUCAAACUCUUUAUUGCCAACAUCAAUCUUGCAUUUCGACAACUGCAGACUAUAAUAUUGUUCCAUUGUCCAUGUUCUGCAAUCUGCUAGGCUCAUUUCCUUUCGAACAGCAACAUAUAAAUUUCAUCAAAGCUGAACAGGAGAUUCAUAAAAAUCAACUGCCCACCAUUAAAUAUAAUUAUGUAUAUAUGCAGUGGUGCACGCAAGGUGGUUAUACGUCCCAUUUGGGUGUCGGUAAUCAGUCAUUAAGAUCAAAAUAAUAUCAUUAUCAAUAACAAUAGCUAUUAGCAUAUCGCCGCAACUAAUCAAGUUUGUUGAUGAACUCUUAUACAUAGAACAAAGAAUUAGAUUUGCAAAUGGUCUGUUGAAAUUUUAAGAAUAUUCUUCUUAUCAUCAAUAUCAUUAAUAUUAACCUUUUGCUUUUUAUAGAUUUUAUAUUUACUAAGAAUUCAAAUAAUAUAUUACUCAAGUUUUAAUUUUGGAAAUAUCUAGAAUAAAUAGUACAUAGUACUCGUAGUUUAGAUAAAUAAAUCAAGGAAUUGUGGAACUGAAGUAAACAUGAGCUAAAAAUUUUCAUCCUCAAUGCAGAGCUGAAUUCAUAAUACAAAGUUGAGAAUAUUUUGUGAUAAGUCAUUAAAUAAAUUUUCUUUAAAGCUUUUUAAUGAAAUGGUAGGGUACAGGGAGUAUUUUUUUCUUUUUUGAGAAACGUUUUAGAUAGACAAAUUCAUGUCAAUAGAAUUACAUUUUUGUGAAAAAAAACUUUAGUAAAUUUUUCAUCAUAUUUUUCAAAAAUACCUAAUAUUAGCAUUUUAUCAUUUCUAUUUUAUAUCUGCAUGUUGAUCAUUAAACUAUUUUUUUAGCUUAAAAAAAAACCUGAACUAAAAAUUCUCUUAUCGAUAUAUUUUUGUGCUCAGUAGAGAAUGAUAAUUUUUAGCCAUAAUUGCUGGUUCCAACUUUUCCAGGGAGGUGUUCAUUAUGAUAUCACUAAAAACAAACAAAAAUAUAAUUAUAACCAAAUAACUUUUAUAAAAUUAAUGUUUCAUCAUUUUUUCGAGACAGACUUAGGUUUGUAAAAGACAUAUUAUUUAUUUUCAUAAAACUGAUCAAAAUUUUAAAUUCUUUGCCUAUACACAAUUUACUUUGUCAAAUAAAAGCCAAACUCCAAAUAUGAAUUAAAAUGAGAAAGACUCACCCUUGUUUAUCAUUUUCUGGCAUUAAUUUGGUAGAUUAGGAUUCAUAUUUUGGAUUAUUUGUUUCAAAUUUAAUGUAAUAUUAUUCUCUCUAGAAAUGUGUGGAAUUUAGAGUUUAAAACAAGUCAAUUUGUUUAUAAGCCAAGUAAACUAUUAUUUGAGUUUACUGUCAUUUCUAUUGAAAUUUCAUUAGAUAAGGAGUCAAAUCAAAGUCUACACACUGUGUUAAGCACUAAAUGUGGCAAGAGAAACUGUGCAUGUGUUUUGUGUGCGGUUAUAAAGCACGCAGGGAUUGACAGAACAUAAAAGAGGUGUUGAGAAAAGCAGGCUGCAUAGUGGAGUGCUUCUCAACUCUUCUCGAGUUUUCACAGGAUUGUGCUAUCAAAACAUCCAUAGAACAUGUACUUCACUAAGUUGCAGAUCAUGCAGCUUUAUUUGACUCUUUAAACCAGAGGUUUCAUUAGAAAUGGCCAUAAAUUAACUUUAAAUUUUAGCCAUUACUUAGAAAUUAGAAAAAAAAAACAUUUAUUAAUUCAAACCCUAUGCAUAUCACAAUUUUGUUACAAAAAAAAACAAUCAAAUAUUUUGCUUUCCAUAUUUUUUUUUCACCACAGGUAAUAAUAAUUAUUAAAUAUUAUAUUUUGAUAAUAUUUUAGCUACUGGUAAAAUACARCCAUGGCUAACAUGAUGUGUUCAUGUUAUUUGAAUUGUGAGCUUUCUGAAUAAAAUUUUACACACAGGUA